GACCAGGGUGCUGAAAAUUCUCACUGAAUACGCACAGAUGCGACAACUACAGUGUUUUAGACUGGUGUUCAUUGAGAAACAAACAUAAUACUUUCGAACAUAAAUAACACAAAAUAUAGGUCGUUUUUGACAGUCCAAUCACCGGGGUUAAGCUAGGACUUAUAAUAAGCUGUAAUUGUUUAUGAAUGAUUUAUGAAGUGAAGGCUGAGAGACUACUAGAGGCGCGAGAUACAGCACUUCUGCCUCGCGGGACUACAGGUGCCUGUCCCCUCUCCUGCCUGUUCUGCAUGGUCAUGACCAGUCGCCACGCCCCCUACACAACCCGAUUCAUCCUAUUGGUCCUGCUCACUGUCACUCCACGGCUUGCCGCCACACCUGUGGGUGGGGAGGGAGGGGAUGUGGAGGGGCGGUCCAGGACUCACCACACUGAGGACAGCCCUAGUCCCAGCCCUAUCCUCUCCCCUCUGGACCGCAACCAGAACCAGAGAGAGGACCAGGGGCCGAGCCACGGGGGUCCCCCAGGCAUGGACACUGCCAGGUCACUAGCCUCUGUACUGCUGGAGGCCCUGGACCACAGUGGAAGAGCACAGACCCAGGGAAGAGGAGAGAAGGAAUGGAGGAGAGGAGAUAGGGAGGAGGGUCCGGUCCUUGUGGAGUGGAGAGAGGGCGAAGAGAUAAUGGGAGAGGUUGGGAGCGAGGAGGAGGAGAGGAGGCGGAUGGACCAGCUAGGAGCAGCCCUUGUGGCAGCAGCUGUAGGAGAGGAGUUGAGAGAGAGGGAAGAGGAGAAGGAGAACAACAAGUUGUUGGACAGAGCUGGUGGAGGUAGUGAGGAGGGAGGAGAGCAGACGGAGGAAGAAGAGGAGGAAGAGGAUGAGGGUGGAGAAGUGAAGAAAGGGGGAGGUGAGAAGAAAAGAGGAACGGGAAGUAGGAGAGAAGAUGAGGACAGACCCAGUGACCCGUCUCUCCAGCGGGAAUCUCGAGGCUACUUCCAGAAUAUAGACCUUGGUCUCCAGGACAACGAGAUCCUUCCUCCCCUGAAGGGGUACAAAGACUACAAUACCCAGCUGGCACAGGCUGGCAAGAAGCUACACUGGCAGGAGGAGCGGGCACGUAACACUCCCCUUGGGGGCAACUUCAUGGACGACUUUGAGAAUGAAGCUGAAGAGGAGGAAGAGGAAGUGGAAGAGGAAGAAGAGGUUCUGUCGAGGGCGGAGGAAGAGGCGCGGGCACGUGCAGAGAAGCAGGAGGUGCAGCGGCAGCAAGAGGAGGCGGAGCGAGCCAGAGAGGAGGAGCAGAGGCUGGCAGACAUUGCCUCUGACAUGUUGCUGCAGUACAUGGGGAGGAAGCAGCAGACCGUGGCCUACCACGUGAGCAGACAGAAGACUGGGGGCAGUGCUGCGGAAGACAAGCGCUCCGAGGAGGUAUUCACCGACGACAUGGACCAGCAGAUGAUCGACAGGCUGAUCGAGAUCAGCAGCAAACUGCACCUGCCAGCGGACGACGUGGUGCAGAUCAUCUCUGAUGUAGAGAAGAAGAAAAAGAAGAGGAAAGAGCUAACGCCGCCUAGCAACCCUGUUGCCCCACGUUACCGGCCGCUAGUUCCCCCACCCCUGGCAAUGGGCCCAAGGUACCAUAACACAGCCCCCUCGAACAAGAAGGACCCCAACUAUUGGACCUCAAAAAAUAAGUGGAACAAGGACCAAGCCAAAACCAGGGCCUACAAGCAGGACUAUUGGCUCAAGCCACACAAACAGAAAGAAGUCUGGUUCAAACCCCAGAAACAGAAAGACUAUUGGUUCAAACCCCAAAAAGAGAAAGACUAUUGGUUCAAACCCCAGAAACAGUUCCUAGCAUUCCCCUCCUACCCAUAUUACCAAAAGCCCUACCGAGCCUACUACCCAGUGUACUUCCCCUACCCCAAACCUCAAUACUACGACAAGACACCAAUGGGGGAGGAGCUACCCUAUGGCCCACCCGCGGAUUAUGAGAUCCAGCCACCAAGGCGCAGACAUAGGGCAGGGGAUAGGGCCAGAGGGGGUAGUGGGCGUGGCUGGAGAAAGCAGCCACUUCCCCCCCAACUCCCCUCCUCCCCCUACAUCUCCAAUUACAUCCUGCCACACCCCCGGACAUACCAGCCUCUCCCCCCACCCAAACCACUCGCCCCCAAGAGCAUGGGCUGGCGCCCCCCCUACUACUACACACCCCCAGGGCUUAGGGGCUUGGGCGUGGCCAGGGGUGUGGGAGGAGUCGGGCUGGGAGGAGACUAUGAAGAGGACGAUGGACUGGUUCAACAGGUGGACAGUCAAGAGGAACUGGAGAACUUUAUAUCCAAAAUAUACAUGAAACGCAGAAUGUACUAGAGACAGACAGACGCACAGACAUCUCUGCUGGACAAAAGAACCAAUGGGGAUGAGAGGGAAGGUGGGAGAGAGGGUGUGGG